UGUCCCCCCCAAUAUUGAAGCCAGGUGGAUAUGUCCCCCCCAAAAAACUGUACCGCAAAAUAUUGGAUUUUGAAAUUUUUUUAACUAGCGUGCUUUUAUUUUGAAGGCGCAGCAUCGCGUUACGUCACUGUACUCCCCCUCCCCUCUCUGAACUGCUGAGUGAGCACUCAGAAGGGAGGGAAACAGCGACACAGAAGUCAGAAACUUGUGAAUGAGUACAAUGCCACCACCAACUAAAAGGCUGAAACAGCAGCAGGACUUACUCAGCGUUUUUAAAAAGAGUAACGUCAGUGAGCAACAAUGCAGGGACAGCACAAAGGAGACAGGAAAAGGAGAGGAUAGUGCAACCGGGCUAGAGGCAGGAAGUCAGAGUGAGGGAGAGACAGGAGUGGAGCAACAGGGAGUUCAGACUAGGGACACACAGCUGAGAGACUCUGAAGUCAGUGGACAGAGAACAGAGCCAAAUCAGCCACAUCCAAAAUUCAUAGACCCUCAAGCUCUAGCCAACAGAACUUUACAUUUCCAAGGAAAGUGGUACAAGGAAUUUCCCUGGCUACAUUAUGAUGCAGUGAAAAAGGGCAUUUUGUGUUUUUAUUGCAUGGCAAUUUACCAGGACAAACUCACACCAUUUGGUGCAAAAUCCGAACCCGCCUUUAUCACUUCUGGAUUUAAAAAUUGGAAAAAAGCAUUAGAAAAAUUUAAAGCACAUGAAAAUAGUCACACACAUCAUCAUGCUGUUUCUGUGACUGCACAAGAAAGUCAUCCUAUAAAUGCCCAAUUAUCCAGUGCUUUGGCAACUCAGCAAGGUGACAAUAGGCACUGUCUGGAGAAAAUUGUGAGCUCCAUAAAAUAUUUGGCACGGCAGGGACAAGCUUUGAGAGGGCAUGACGAUGAUGACAGCAAUUUGUAUCAACUGUUGAAAAAUCUGGCAGAAGAUGAUGCCCUUUUGGCUAAGUGGUUGCUGAGGUCUCAGAAAGAAUACCUAAGUCCACAGAUACAGAAUGAAAUCUUGUGUUCUAUGAGCAAUAGUAUUGUCAGUGAAAUAGCAGAUACAAUCAGAAACCUACCAAUUUUUGAGUUUGCAAUUAUUAUGGAUGGAACACAGGACAUUUCUGGGAAAGAACAAGAAAGCAUUUGUCUGUGA